CCUUACCUGCCAUCCCCACACUAUUUCUUCCCGUCCUUCAUCACUCUGGUCUAGACGCCAUUCUACGCAUCCAUCACGAAUCCAUCUACAACUCACCCAAACUGAUCGACAAUCAAAUCUACCACAAUGAUCCUCAGACGAGCUUCCACUCUCAGUCGUCCUCUCGUACUUCGUCCGACCUACUCCGCCCGUGUGUGCUACUACCAUCCGCCCGAAGUGCAUAGCAACAAGGGAGAGGAGUUCUUCAUUCCCCCCUCCUACCCAGACAACUUGGAGGAUUCUCCCAGUCUCGUCCAGAAACGCGACGAGUCAGCACAGAAUCCGGCCCACUGGGAUGAGAUCCAUGCUACCUCUAGUGAGAUCUCGGUCAAAGCCGACCGGGGCGAUAUCAAUAUCCAGCAGCAACAGAAACAGCAGCGGGUGACUCGGGAUCUCGAUAAUAAUCUAGGGGAGGAAGAGCCACCGAAGCUGGAUGAGAUGUGAUCGGGUCGAUCAUCUUAUUAUAGGCUUACGGAUGGGGUAUGGGUGUAGGUCUCAUGGCUAUGGUUAUGGUUCUGGUUAUGAUUUAUGACUGAGAAUGUGUUUAUGCUGUUCAAUUCGGGUAAGGUGAGACAGAUUGCAUAAUACGCCGUGUUGUGUGUUGUGUGUGGUAAAAUUGGUGAGUGGUGCUUUUCUAAUUAUGUGUACUCCUGUCGAUCGCUGGUGCCGAUCUCUAUGUCGUUCGUUUUCAACUCUACGAUAGCAGCCAACUGUAUGACUUAACUUUAUGGAGAAAUGAUG